AAGAAAAGAAAGCGACCAAGGAGAAUCUCUUGAAUUGUUUAUAUUUACUAAGCAUGUAACAAUAUGAUAUUUAUUGGAGGAAAUCCAAUCAAGGUAUGGAUAAUGUAGUGAAUUGUUUGUACUUUAUCUGUUAUCCAAAUUAUUGUAUUAAUCAUUAGUGUUUUUAUUUUAUUUUAUUUUAUUUUAUUUUAAACAGGCACAUGGAUUCACAACCAGAGGCAUUGGGUGGGCACUUGACCGAGACUACAGAUGCAAGCAAGACCAAAGCUUCUUCUUCUUCGUUUAGAAAGAGAGGUCCUACUAGGGGUGCUUUUUUACAUGAGCAACCUGAUAGGAAAAAAGUCCUAAAGACAAAUGAAUUCGGGCAACCGAAUGAGGAUUGUCUUGAACAAAAGCAAUUUGCAUCGCAUAUCGGUAUCCUCACCCGUACUCAUAUCCCGAUCAUAUACCAGGACUUUUACCAGGUGCCUUAUGCACACAUUCAAAUGAUCAUAGAGUCAUUGUCACGGGCUUAUGAGUUUGAGGGUCAAAGUUGGGAUGUGAGUCUUACAUACAUAACAAAAUGCCUCAAGGAAACAUGGCGGAAUUAUAAAAAAAAAGGUUGA